UUUGUUUUUGUUUUCCGUUAGGUUGUACUCAAAACGUGCAGCUUAUUGAAGACUUGAGGUUCACUACUGCAACAACAAAGAUUAAAGCAACUCUUGAUAGCGAGUUUGUCAUUGCUUCAGGUAUAUAUCCGCCGCAAGUAAAGGUUUAUGAGGUCAGGGAGUUCGGACUGAAAUUUGAAAGACAUUUGGAUUCAGAGAUCAUUGAUUUUCAGGUACUAUUCACUAACAUGAGUGCUUAUGAAGAUUAUAUGACACAUAAGGCAACAACAUUUGGCAUGAAAAGUGUCAUUUACGUACCACAAAUCAAAUCAGAUACGGUCGCAGCAUUAUCUGCAUUCUGUGAUAAGGCCACCAUGGGUGUUUUGGUUGCUCCAACUCUUUCAAUAGGAUCAAUAUUAUUACAGCAGGCUGCAAUUUCAGCUUCUUUUCACUACCGCAACGUCGAAAUCGUGGAAUCCAAGGAUAAUGCAAAUGAUCUUCCAUCAGCAUAUGCAAACCAUAUUGCGAACAAUCUCUUUAAGCUCGGUGAAAUCUAUAACAGAGAAGAAGAUUCCUCAACAGAUGUUUUGGUUUUGCAUUCCCUUGAACUCUUACAAACUAUGCCGCCAAAAAAGUUCAAGAAGAAGAAUAUAUCUACUCAACAUGAAGAAGUCACUCAACCUUUGAAUUUUGAUUUGUAAUUUUUUUUCUUUUUGACUUGGUUGACAAAUGAUUAGUAAUAGCUUGGUUAUUUGAAUCAUUUUUAGUAAUGUGACUAUAUAAGUAUUUGUUACGUAACAAAUUUAACAAUUUGAAUGUCUUAUUUAAAUUCAAAACAUUAUAAAUUAUAGUUGUAUUUUUAUAUUAUGGUUAUUUUAAUAUAUAAUCU